AUGGUUGUGUAUCCCACAGGCUGCCAGGAUGUGAUUGAGCUUCCACGCUUUACCUUCAACCCCAAGGAAGGCAUCGAUAAUCCAGCUCUGGUCAUCACUGAUGAUUUUGAAACAGAGCAAAAUACUCUGCCCAAACUGCACCAGUUGAGGCGAGUAGAGGGGCAGAAUUUUGGUUUCUACUUGCAGAAGAACACAGAUGAGCAAGGCUUGGAGAUCACAGCCAUAAACCCAUGGAGCCCAGCUGAGCACAGCGAACUUAAAGAAGGUGACCGAGUGCUGGAAGUCAAUGAGGAAUAUGUGGUCAAUAUGGACUUCUUUAAGGUGGCAAGGAAGAUCCAGUCAUGUGGCUUACAUUUGUUUCUCCUGGUGCUGAAGAGAGCUGACUAUGAACAGGCAGUGUGUACUGGCGUGGAUCUCCAGAAGCUUGCUACAGCCUCCAAAGGAGGACAUUGCUCUCGGCCCAGACUGUAUCACAUCGACUGGCACCAGCACUACGGCCUAGGAAUGACCAUCAUCUCAGCUGAAGGCCGAAAAGGACACUGUAUACUUAGCGUAGGGGCUGGAGGUCCAGCGGAAAAAGCCGGAGUCACCAGCGGAGACAGAUUAGUCUGGAUGAACGGUGCUGAUACAUCCAAUCUUACACACGUCUCUAUCAACAGAUCGUUGAAGAAGAGCGCAGACUCUGUCACCGUGCUGGUCGUUGAUGGUGAAAGCGAGUCUCUCUAUAUGAGGAGGAAGAUGCCCAUAUUGCCAGUGUUGGCUGGCCACUGUCAUCUCCCACACUCCGCAAAAACCAUGCAUUUGGUAAAAGGACCUGACGGAUAUGGUUUCCUGUUGAGGCAAGAGAAGUUUCCCGAAACACGGCAAACAGUUCAUGUGCUGCGUGAGGUGGAUAAGGAGAGUCCAGCGGAGGAGGCCGGGAUGGAGGAUGGCGAUCUUCUGCUGGCAGUCAACGGCGAACCAGUGGAGUUCAUGGAGCAUGACGAUAUUGUCAAAAGGGUUCGGAAAAGUGGAGAAAGAGUCAGCCUUACCGCUAUAAGUAUACCAGGGAGACGCCUCUUCAGAAAUAUCGGCGUUUCUCCGCUGUUCUUUCACGACAAAUUCAUACACCAGGAUGACCUGGAUCUUAACAAUACAAAAGUCCCUGGCGAGAACGCUAAAGACCAAUUGUUCUAA